CUUCAUCUCGCGCAUCAAAGCUGCGUGAGCUUGCGAUCUUCCUGCAGUUUAGUCUCAGCGGCGAAUACUGUGCCAUUCCGCCAUUUGCCGGCUUGUGCGAACUCCAGUCUCCAGUGACCGCGUGACCGCAAGUUGAUCAUGCGCUUCCUUUGCCAACUGCUGCCUGUCGCUAUGGCGGCUCUCUUCGGGUCGUCGGUGGCGACGGCCUCCGAACCUCGCUGCUUCCCCGAGAAAUUCAUGUUUGGCUCAGCCACCGCCUCGUAUCAAGUGGAGGGCGCCGUCAAGGAAGGUGGCCGCACUUCCAGUAUUUGGGACGAUUUCUGCCGUGAAAAACCCGGUAUGAAAUGUGCCAACGUGGCUGACGAUUUCUACCACCGCUACAAGGACGACGUGAAGCUCAUGGUCGAGACUGGCCUCGAAUCUUUCCGCUUUUCGAUCUCGUGGUCGCGUGCCAUGAACUGGGACCCCGUCACGCGUCGCAUGAAGCCCAACGCUGAAGGUAUCGCCUGGUACCACAACCUCAUCGACGAGCUCAAUGGUAACGGCAUCGUGCCGAUCCUGACCAUUUACCACUGGGAUCUGCCAAGCGAGUUGCAGACGCAACUCGAGCCCAAGGGUUGGCUCAACCCAGGAAUCGUUGACCACUUCCUCGAUUACUCGACUCUGCUCUUCAACGAGUACGGCAGCAAGGUUCAGCUCUGGACGACGUUCAACGAGCCUCUAUCCUUCGUCGGUGCUGGUUAUGGCCUUGGCAUGCACGCUCCCGGCUACUCUGGCUCGGACACGCAGGCGUACACGGCCUCUCGUAACGUGCUUAUUUCCCACGCCAAGGCGGUGCAGAAGUUCCGUGAAAUGAAGACUAGCAACGUUAUUGGAGACAAGGCACGCAUCGGUAUUGUGUUGGUGGCCAACUGGUACUACCCCUUGGACCCGAAUAAUGAACGCGACGUUGCUGCUUCCAAGCGUGCGUUCGACUUUGACUUCGGCUGGUUCCUGAACCCUAUUGUGAACGGCGACUACCCGGCGGUCAUGCGCGAGCGCGCCGGCGACCGUCUCCCCAAGUUCACGGCGGAGGAAUCUGCUCUGCUUAAGGGAUCGUACGAUAUCUUCAUGAUGAACCACUAUGGCUCGCGCGCCGUCACGGACUGCGACUCGGACCGCUCGAACACUCCGUGCUCGACUCUGCUGCCUGGUUACCAGGCGGACAAGGGCAUCGACGACAGCCACGUCAUGCCUGGCACGCGCGCCGGCGUCCCGGACCGCUUCGGUAACAACUACUGCAAAAUGUUCACCGGCUACCCACCCGGAUACCUAGACAUGAUCCGCUAUCUGCACAUGCAAGACACCAGUGUGGAUAUCCUGCUGACGGAGAACGGAUGGUGUGGAAACGAUGAUGUUGACAAUUACGACCAGUUGUGGUACUUCAAGGCGUUCGUCGAGCAGGUGCACAAGGCCGUCGUGGAGGAGAAGAUCCCUGUCAUCGGCUACACGGCGUGGUCGUUCUUGGAUAACUAUGAGUGGGGUUCGUACGGCCCGCGCUUCGGCAUGUACUACGUCAAUUUCACGGAGCAGACUGGAUCUCCGGACUUCUACGAGCCCAAGCCUACAGACCUGGCUCGCAUCCCUCGUCCAUCGGCUAAGUGGUUUAAGAAGGUGUCCGAGACCAAGUGCCUCGAUGGCUGGAGUGAUGUCAGCAACAUCAAGGCUCAUUCGACCUCACACGAGAGCAAGACGUCCACCUUCGGUAUUGUGUUCGGAAUUGUCGCGCUCGCUACGGUUGUGAUUGGUAUUGCUGUGGUGGUUGUGUACCGUCGCCGCCGUAGCGGCUACGAGCCGCUCUUGUCGCGCAACUAGAUGGCACCGGUACGAACUCGGGCACGGCUGAUGAUAGGCGAAAGCAGCUCUAGAAGCGACCCACAACAUAUGACUCGUUUCAGUUAAAUAGGCAACACUUGCUUAAACAAAUAUAAAGACCGUGGUUGUCUUCGCCUAGUUAACAUGAAUUAUGUACUACCACGUCGUGAUGGGCGUAUCAUAGCGGCGCAUUGCAUAUACAGUGCCCGCCCGACCUUCGACGUACGCUUCAUCCA